AUGCCUGUCAUGAAAGGGUUGCUUGCGCCUCAGAACACCUUUUUGGAUACAAUUGCAACACGAUUCGACGGAACUCACAGCAACUUUGUUCUGGGAAAUGCUCAGGUAUUGAACGUGUAUCCAAUAGUGUACUGCUCGGAUGGAUUCUGCGAACUGACUGGCUAUGCCCGAGCUGAACUCAUGCAGAAGAGCUGUGCUUGUAAGUUUCUCUAUGGAGUAGAAACAAAUGAAGCCAUGAAACUCCAGAUCCAAAAAGCACUGGAUGAGAAGCGCGAGUUCAAGACUGAACUGAUCUUCUAUAAGAAGAGUGGUGCAUCCUUUUGGUGUCUGCUAGAUAUUGUCCCGAUUAAGAAUGAAAAAGGAGAGGUUGUGCUGUUCCUGGCUUCACAUAAGGACAUCACUGAUAGCAAGAACAAGCUGUCACCAGACAGCACAAAAGAUCCAGAAGAUGAUGAUGUGGAAAUCUACCAAAACACCAGGCCACCAGGGUUCAAUGCUAACAGAAGGAGGAGCAGGGCUGUCUUGUACCACCUGUCAGGGCACUUACAGAAACAGGACAAGAGCAAGCUCAAGCUAAACAAUAAUGUCUUUGGAGAGAAACCAGCACUUCCAGAAUAUAAAGUUGCAGCUAUUCAGAAAUCCAGGUUCAUUCUGCUUCAUUAUGGCACUUUCAAAGCCGGAUGGGAUUGGUUGAUCCUUUUGGCAACAUUUUAUGUUGCGGUCACUGUUCCAUACAACGUCUGCUUCAGCAUCAGCAGAGAUGACCAUUCUGCUGCUUCAAGAAACCCUCCUAGUGUGAGUGACAUCUUUGUGGAGAUCCUCUUCAUGCUCGACAUCAUGCUGAAUUUUCGGACAACAUAUGUCAGUAAGUCUGGACAGGUUGUCUAUGAUCCUCGCUCAAUCUGUGUGCACUAUGCAACUACCUGGUUCUUCGUGGAUCUUAUAGCUGCACUUCCUUUUGACCUCCUCUACGCAUUCAAUAUCAAUGUGUAUUUUGGUGUUCAUCUGCUGAAAACUGUGCGCUUACUGCGCCUGCUACGGCUGCUUCAGAAACUGGACCGUUACUCUCAGUACAGUGCUGUGGUCCUUACAUUGCUCAUGUCCAUGUUUGCCCUGAUAGCACACUGGAUGGCCUGUAUUUGGUACUUCAUUGGACAGAAGGAAAUUGAAGCCAAUGACCUUUCUACCUGGGAAAUCGGUUGGCUUCAUGAGUUGGCAAAGCGGUUGGGAACUCCAUAUGUAUCCAUUUCUUCAUUGAGUGCCUCCAGCUCCGUGAACUCUACAAUCCAGACCACCUCCAUUAACACCAGCUCUGGAGAUAACAGUUCCAGUUUUGAGCUGCUUGGUGGUCCCUCAAUCCGAAGCUCCUACAUCACUUCACUCUACUUUGCACUCAGCAGCCUAACCAGCGUAGGCUUUGGGAACGUGUCGGCUAACACUGAUGCUGAAAAGAUCUUUUCCAUUUGCACCAUGUUAAUAGGAGCUCUCAUGCAUGCUGUGGUAUUUGGAAAUGUGACUGCUAUAAUCCAGAGAAUGUACUCCCGACGGUCCUUGUACCACACCAGGACAAAAGACUUGAAGGACUUCAUCCGUGUUCAUCGAAUUCCCAAGCAGCUGAAACAGCGAAUGCUUGAAUGUUUCCAGACUACGUGGUCUGUGAAUAAUGGCAUUGAUGCAAAUGAGCUCCUGAAAGAUUUCCCUGAUGAACUGCGAGCAGACAUUGCAAUGCAUCUGAACAAAGAAAUCCUUCAGCUGCCUAUAUUUGAAUCUGCCAGCCGUGGGUGCCUUCGAUCCCUCUCAUUAAGCAUCAAGACCUCUUUCUGUGCUCCUGGGGAAUACCUCAUCCGUCAGGGCGAUGCCCUGCAGGCUAUCUACUUCGUCUGCUCAGGCUCCAUGGAGGUGCUGAAGGACAACACUGUGCUGGCUAUUCUAGGAAAAGGCGACUUGAUUGGCUCUGACUUUUUGGCAAAGGACCAGGUGAUUAAGACCAAUGCAAAUGUGAAGGCUCUGACCUACUGUGACCUGCAAUAUAUCAUCCUGAAGGGUCUGAGGGAAGUACUGGAACUGUAUCCUGAAUAUGCGCAGAAAUUCAUUGACGAUAUUCAGCACGACUUGACCUACAACCUGCGAGAAGGGAAUGACACUGAUUUGGAAUAUGAGCACAACGGGGGCCUUAUCCAAAAGCUGCCCUCUAUCCAGGAGGACGAAGAGCUCGAAGACGAUGAGAACACACCCCUGGCUCCUAAUGCAAAUAGUACAACAGGAAUAACGUCACCCAUCAAAGUGUUUCACUCGCCUAAGGUUAGCAGGUGUUCACUGCCAGCAAAACACUUGGCCCAGCCAGCUGCUCCACCCACAGGAACCCUGCAGAACAGCAAUAAGGAUAUUGGCAAAGGCAGACUUUUGAACAGCAAUGGAAGCAAGCCAUCCAAAUUACAAAUCCCUACUAUAAACUGUACUGCAAUCCCUGAUCUCAGCCCAAGGAUUGUGGACGGAAUUGAAACUGACAACAGUGCACCAGCCAGCCAGAAAUUUGAAUUCAGCACAAAGCGACUAAAUGAAGACAACAGCCUUUAUCAGUUAAGCUCAGGGGAGGCUGAAGAGACCAAACAAAAUAUCUCCAAACUUAAUCAGGAGAUGUCGUACCUCUCACAGCAAGUCACCCAGCUGAGUAAAGACCUGCAAGAUAUGAUGCAGCUUCUGAAACCUUUGUCGACAUCCCACAAGUAUAUCCCUCCCUCUCCAGACCUCGCACUGAACCCCAGUCUUGCAGGCAUCUACAGCAACAGCAGCGGAUUCAGCAGCGUAUUCCGGUCACAGGCUCCCCCCACAGCUCAGACUUUCCCUACUUUGUUGAGACCUGACUUUCAGCAGAGAGGCUCAUGGCCGGAUAGCAACCCAUAUCCCCCAAGGUUAUCAAUAUCAAAUUUGAACAGCCCAUCAGGAAAGGUACAGACUGUUCACGCCUCAUUAUCUCUGGACUCCUUUUUGGUGGAUUCACUCCAGCAUGCAGAUGAUAGAGGUAGUGAGCCCCAGGUUCUGAAUCAGUCCAUGACUCCAGACACUAACCAAUUAAGUCAUGAACAAUUUCUUCACGAAGACAUAAUGCCCUAUUUCUCUUCACCCUGCAUUGCAUCGGACAAUUUACAGCAGGCUGGACGGCUAGAUGAACAUAAUGCCAAACAAAGCAAGGCACCGCUGGCAAAACUCUCCCUACCAGCAGAUGCUGACUGUGUACCAGAUAAAAUGGCUGAACUCCUAAGCCCCUCCAGCAUAAGGUUAACAAGGGAGCCGCAAAGGUCAGAAACAUGUUCCUUUGAAUUGAUAAGGACAUCAGCUGAGGACUCUAGCAGCGAUUCAAUUCAGUUCAUUGAUGAUGAAGGGACAAAUGUAUAA